AUGGGAAGCUGUGGAGGUAAAUCUGAGAACAAGUCAGAAUAAUUGAGUAAAGACUAAAAAUGUAAAAAUGAUCGUAUAUAUUCAAAAUAGCUCUUGCUAUAAAUCAAUUUAAAGUAGGUCCAGACAUCUUUAUUAACUUAAAGAAAGGAGAUAUAACAGAUAAUUAUAUCAUGAAUAAAAUCUUAGGAGAAGGUAUUUUGAUUUUAUAGUAUUGAGGUUCAUAUGGUCAAGUAAGGUUAGUCCAACAUAAAAAAUCAGGUCAAUAAAGAGCUAUUAAACAGAUUUCAAAAAAGAAAAUACUAAAAGAAUAAGAAGAAGCUAUGUUUAGUGAAGUUUCUUUACUUAAAAAUAUGGAUUAUCCAAACAUUGUUAAACUAUUUGAACUAUACUAAGAUAGUCAAAAUUACUACUUAGUCACAGAAUAUCUUAAUGGGGGAGAACUACUUGAUAAGUUGACAAAAUUAUAAACUUUCAAUGAAAGAAUGGCAGCAGAAUAUAUGAAGUAAGUUUUAUCAGCAAUUGCUUAUUGUCAUGCUUAAAAUAUCAUUCAUCGGUAAUUAUUAAUUCAAUUAAUUUAGUGAUAUGAAACCAUCUAAUAUAAUGUUAGCCUCUUCAGAUCCAUAGUCAAAAAUAAAAGUUAUAGAUUUUGGAACUGCUAAAAGAUAUGUUAAUGGUCAAACUUAGACUUAAGUAAUAGGAACUGUAAUUUUGUUAUUUUAUACUUAAUUUAGCCGUUAUAUCUUGCUCCAGAAGUCAUUGAUAAGAAUUAUACAGAAAAAUGUGAUAUUUGGUCAUGUGGAGUUAUUUUAUAUCAAAUUUUAACAGGAAAAUUUCCUUUUGAGUCUAAAGUUUCAAGUUUACCAUAACUUUUUACCAAUAUAAAAGCUGGCAAAUAUAAUUUUACAUCUAAGGAGUUUACUACAUUAUCAUAUGAAGCUUAAGAAUUGAUAAAAUCUAUGUUAUAAUUCGAUCCAAAUAAAAGACCUUCAGCUUAAAAGAUUUUAGAAGAUCCAUGGAUUAAAGAGAAAGCUCGAGAAGAGAAAAUUAGCUUAGAUGUUAUGAAUGAAUUAGGGAAAUUUAGAGUACUCUUUUUAUAUAUAAAUAUAAUAGAAUGAAAGUAAUAUGAGAGCUGCUAUAAUGUAAUUAAUAGCAGGUUCAGUUAUGUCUAAUGAGGAAAAAGAGUAACUUACAUCUACAUUCUAAAGCAUGGAUAAAAAUAAAGAUGGAUAAUUAUCAAAAGAAGAAUUAGUCUAAGGUAUUAUAUUUACAUUAUAAAAUAGCAUAUACAUAGGUAUUUAAUGAUGAGUUGAAGGCCAAACAUUUAGUUAAUUAAAUCUUUGAUUAAAUAGAUCAAAAUAACUCUGGGAAAAUAAGUUAUACUGAAUUUUUAGUAGCUUCUGCAAAGCAAAAUAUUAUUCUUUCUAAAUCUAAAAUUGAUUAAGCUUUUAAAAUGUUUGAUAAAGUAAUAUUUUAAUCUUAUUAAUUGAUAGGAUGGAAAUGGAGUUAUCUCAAAAGCAGAGUUAUAAGAUAUAAUGUGUGGAGUUGAUAUUGAUAAUACUGAAUGGAGUAAGAUUAUAUAAUAAUGUGAUAAAAAUAAUGAUGGAAAUAUCUAAUAUGAAGAAUUUUCAUCUAUGUUAUUAGCAGUGGUCAAAAUUUGA